AUGAGUGUAGGAGAACCCAGAGAAGUUGAAGAAGAUCAAGAACUACGCAACACUCCUGCAGUUUCAACACAAGAUGUUUCAAGUUCUGACUUGAACAGAUCGGAUUCUGAUGAAGAUGAAGAUGAUACUGAGUACAACUCCAAUGUUACGGAUAACAUGGCUUAUUAUGAUAGAGCUGUAGAAGAAAUUCGUCAAGGUGAUAUCUACACAUGCAUGAUUUGUACCGUUGAGAUGGAUUACAGGUGUCAAAUGUACGCUUGUGAUCAUUGUUAUAGAGUAUUUGAUUACGAUUGUAUACGUGAAUGGGCUUUGAAGUCUACUGAAAGAACUAUCGACAAGACAUGGAAGUGUCCAAAUUGCUCCCAUGUUAACAAGAAAGUACCUGCAGCAAAUAGAGCAACAUGUUGGUGUGGUAAAGUAAUUAACCCAGACCCAAAUGAAUUGAAUCCAAAUUCAUGUGGACAAACCUGUGAUGCAAACAUUUGCGUGCAUGGUUGUUCUAAGAUGUGUCAUUUAGGACCUCAUCCAGAAUGUAGUAGAUCAGUGCAUAUUCGUUGUAAAUGUGGUAGGCAUACUAGAGAGAUUACAUGUUCUCAGGCAAAACAAUUCAGGGGAAAACAUAAGUAUCAAUGUGCUGAAGAAUGUGGAUUAUUAUUACCUUGUGGUAUUCAUCGAUGUAAGAAAGUUUGUCAUACGGGACUAUGUGGACCAUGUCCAGAAACAUUACAGGCAGAUGAGUCUCGAGGUAUAAGUAUCAAGUGUUAUUGUGGUACAGACCAAUUAGACAAGAUACAUUGUAAAGAUGUUAAAAUUGUCAACCAAUGUAAACAAUCAAAGUCUAAGGACUCUGAGGUCGCAAUAGAGCCCUCCUCAUUUGGAGUUUAUGCAUGUGAUGAAAUAAGAACAGUAGAAUAUUCGUGUCAUAAACACUCAUUUGUUGAGAAAUGUAUUGUAUCUCCAACUAAAUCAGGCGUUAAACCCUGUCCUUUUUCACCAAAAUUACUAAAAACUUGUCCAUGUGGUAAGACGCCAUUGGUUAAUUUGGCCAAGCCUAGAACUAAAUGUACAGAUCCAAUCCCCCACUGUGAUUCACAAUGUGAUAAAGCGUUAAAAUGUGGUAAGCAUACAUGUCCAUUUACUUGCCAUGAUGGUCCAUGCAUGGAUCCAUGUACACAAAUUGAAAAAAUUAAAUGUAGUUGCGAACAGAGUACAUUUUUAGUUCCCUGUGGUCUCCAUAAAAAACCUCGUUGUAAUUUGAAAUGUGAAUCGUUAAUGUCAUGUCGUCGUCAUAGGUGUACAGAUAGAUGUUGUUCGGGUAGACCUGCAGCAGAAAUAAGAAAAAGAACUCAUUUCAGAACUGCGGAUCUUGCUGAUGAAACGUUGGUGGAACCUGAACAUGUUUGUUUACAAGAUUGUAAUCUAUUGUUAUCAUGUGGUAAGCAUAGAUGUCAACGUAAAUGUCACCCGGGUAAAUGUCCACCAUGUCUAGAGAGUGAUUCUAACGAUUUGGUAUGUCCCUGUGGUAAGACCAUUGUGGAAGCACCAGUACGUUGUGGUACCAAACUACCUCCAUGUCCAUAUCCAUGUAUUAAAGUUGUUCGUGGUGAAUCCAAGUGUGGACAUGUACCUGUUCAGCACACUUGUCAUCCUUCCGAUAUUCCAUGUCCUCCAUGUACAGCUACUGUUUUCAAACCAUGUAAAUGUGGUAAAGUUGAUAAAGUGAGAACCGUUUGUUUCCAAAAAGAUGUUUCAUGUGGUAAAAUUUGUAAUAAACCAUUAUCCACUUGUGAACAUUUGUGUCAAAAGAAGUGUCACUCUCCAGGAGAAUGUCAAACAAAAUGUAAACAAGUAUGUCAUCGUAAACGUAUCGGAUGUGAUCAUUUCUGUGUUAGACCAUGUCAUGGUUUCAGUGAAUGUCCUGAUGCCCCAUGUACUGCUUUGAUCAAGAUCCAUUGUGCCUGUGGUAGACGUAUUAAAGAAGUUGUCUGUGGUGCUACAGCUACACAACCAAGUACAGUGUUGGAAAAAGGUGAUUCCCAAUUACCUUGUGAUGAAGAAUGUGAACUUGUUAAGAGACAUGAACAAUUGAAGUUGGCAUUUGGUAUCUCCGACAAACCAACAAGUAUUAACGGUAUUGAAUUGGACAAGUUACGUUCUUUAGCCAAUGUGGCACAGAGUUUCGAAGAGCUACAAUUACCUUAUGGAGAGAGUACAGUGUCUACAUAUGCACGUCAACCUGAAUGGUGCGAACAAAUUGUUAGUGUAUUAAAUAAAUUACUAGAUGAUAAGACUCGUGGAAGUGUACAUUUUAAACCUAUGCGAGCUCCAGCAAGACAUUUUGUCGUUGAGUUGGCCAAGUCUUAUGGUCUCUAUGCGGAAUCUCAGGAUCCUGAGCCUAAGAGAUCUGUAUUUGUAAAGAAGGAGUUAGGUUCUAUCAAACCAACAUUGUCAUUAGCUGAUGUUGUGCCAUUAUAUCAAUCCUUUAAGCAAGCUGAAAAGGAACGUAAGGCUAAAGAAUAUGAGUCUAAGAGAACGACAACAUUACUUAAUGUUUCGGCAGAUAUAUCAUCGCUCAACUUAUCUUCGUCGUCGUCGUCAUUUGAAGCAGAAUAUACAGGGUUUAAACUUCAAGAUAUUGCAGACGGUGUUACAGAAGAGGAACUAUCUGCUAUGUUGGGGCCAUAUUUUGAAGGAACGCUAAUUAAUGAUCCUCAAUUCCGUAUAUAUGAGGAAAAGGAUAAUGCUCAAACAAGAUAUGCACUUGUAUAUCCUGCUGCCUACGCCAGUGUCUCUGAAAAUUGUGCCAGAGAUAUGGAACAAUUAUUACCUCAUGUAGAAUACUUAUGUCGUGAUAAUUUGGUGGCUGGAUCUGUGACGCUAUGUAAUAUUUCCCAAAUGUAUCAAUCUGACACCCCUGUCACCACCACUCCACAGGCAAUAGAAGAAACAGUUGACAGCUCUAGAGAAGAAUCUGUAUCUUCAGAUAUCAUGUGA